AUGUUCGGCUGGUGGUCGGAUACAGUCAAGGAAGCUCAUGCCGGUCACCACACCAAGGUGGUUUCGCUGCAUCUGCGCUAUGGCAUGAUCAUGUUCAUUGCCUCGGAAGUGAUGUUUUUCGUCGCCUGGUUCUGGGCAUUUUUCGACGCGAGCCUGUUUGCAGAUGAAGCCAUCCAGGCUGCCCGCGUAACCUUUACCGGUGGCAUGUGGCCGCCGAAAGGCAUCGAAGUACUCGAUCCGCUGCACUUGCCGCUCUACAACACGGUGAUCCUGCUGCUUUCCGGCACGACCGUGACCUGGGCACAUCACGCACUCCUGCAUGGUGAUCGCAAGGGUCUGAUCAACGGUUUGACCCUGACGGUCAUCCUUGGUGUGAUCUUCUCCUGCGUGCAGGCUUACGAAUACGCCCACGCACCAUUUGCC